AUGGAUCACAGGAAUGUCACUCAGGUCUCCGAAUUCCUCAUCCGUGGCUUCACUUCCCAACCCGAACUCCAGAAGAUCCUUUUCCCCUUCUUCCUCUUCAUGUAUCUGCUCACCCUCCUGGGGAACGUCACCAUCAUCUUUGUGAUCCACUCUGAUGAGAAGCUUUUCCAAACCCCCAUGUACUUCCUCCUCAGCUUCCUUGCAGUAUGCGAUUUGGGGUUUUGCAGCAACAUCAUCCCCAAGGCGAUUGUAAACUUGGUGUCUCAGAAAAAGACCAUCUCCUACCAUGGCUGUCUGACACAGAUAUUUUUCGCAAUCUUUAUUGGCAAUGCAGACAGCUACAUCCUGGCUUCCAUGGCCUAUGACCGUUUUGUGGCCAUCUGCCGCCCGCUCUACUAUUCUGCCAUGAUGAGCUACAAGCGUUGCAUUCAAUUGGCAGCCAUAUCCUGGACCAUCCCCUUCUUCCACUCUGUGCUUUACACCGUGAUGAUGUCUCAUGUCGAGUUCUGUAACCCUGGGGAGAUCGCUCAGUUUUUCUGUGACCUUUACCCUGUUCUGGAUGUUUCUUGCUCUGACUCAAGCAUUAUAGAUUUAGUCUUGAUGACAGAGGGGUUAGUGGAGAUCCUGGGGCCAUUUGUGCUCAUUCUCAUUUCAUACAUCUUCAUUUUCUAUACCAUCUUGAAGAUUCCGUCAGCCGUUGCCAAGCGCAAGGCAUUCUCGACAUGCGGGUCCCACAUUUGUGUGGUGCUCAUGUACUUUGGUGGGAUAAGUUUUAUUUAUUUCAAGCCAAAUGCCAAUCACCCAGAGUACAAGGACACAGUGGCAGGUGUUAUGUGCACCCUGGUAACCCCCAUGUUGAAUCCUUUCAUCUAUACCCUCAGGAACAAUGAGAUGAAGGCAGCCAUGAAGAGGGCCUACAAGAAGUAUUUUCAUAGAUCUUGA